UCUCAGCCAAGGGGUGUCCAGGGGAAGCGGGGUGAGGUGCAGUGUUGUUUUGGUAGCCAAGCACCGAGGGAGAGAGGAAGAGAGAGGGAUGGACCCCGCUCGGUCAGAUGCUGGCUUGAAUUCUCCAUUGACUUGUCGUUUUUUAGCCCGCUUCUAGAUGUGGAUGUCGUGAGCGAGCCGGGUGGUUCUUGUUCCAUCGCUUGUUCCAUCGCUCCGUGUCUGAGCGCAAAGCUUAGUUCUGCCCGCUUGUGGAUCUUUCUCUUAUUGUUAUCUCCCGAAAGGACCCCAUCCCGGCAGCCCUUUACGCCUGGCAAAAAUGAAGCCGUUGUAUUUUGCAGUCAAUUAUACCUAAUACCGGCUAGUUGGUUUGGUACGAGGGACUGAAGCGCUGCCUCUCUCGGAGGACCAUCAGGGGACUGUCGCUCCAUGUAGCUGGAUGUGUGACGGCACAUCCUAUCGCUUUCCCCUCACCUUCUUCUUCGAGCUUCUUCCAAAAUGAAGAAAUUCAAUUUUCGCAAAGUUCUGGAUGGUCUGACAGCCUCCUCGCCCGGUGGCAGCGCUGGAGGCGGUGGGGCUGGCGGUGGUUCCGCGCAUCCCGGAGGGACUGCGGGAGCAGCGGGGACUCCCCGGGAGGAGAUCCAGGAGACUCUAACUUCGGAUUAUUUCCAGAUUUGUAAGACGGUUCGUCAUGGUUUUCCUUAUCUACCCACUGCCUUAGCUUUUGACCCAGUUCAGAAAAUUCUGGCAAUUGGAACAAGAACAGGAGCCAUACGAAUAUUGGGUAGGCCUGGUGUUGAUUGCUACUGCCAGCAUGAAAGCGGUGCUGCAGUCCUACAGCUCCAGUUCUUAAUCAAUGAGGGUGCUUUGGUCAGUGCAUGUGCAGAUGAUACGCUCCACUUGUGGAAUCUCAGACAGAAACGACCAGCUAUCCUACAUUCUCUGAAAUUUAACAGAGAACGAAUUACUUACUGCCAUCUACCUUUCCAGAGUAAAUGGCUUUAUGUUGGAACAGAGCGGGGAAAUACACACAUUGUAAAUAUCGAGUCCUUCAUUCUUUCCGGAUACGUUAUCAUGUGGAACAAAGCAAUAGAACUAUCCACUAAGACUCACCCUGGGCCAGUUGUACAUUUAAGUGAUAGCCCAAGAGAUGAAGGGAAACUAUUGAUAGGCUAUGAAAAUGGGACUGUAGUAUUCUGGGACUUACGAUCUAAAAGAGCUGAUUUGAGAGCCUAUUAUGAUGAGGCUAUUCAUUCUGUUGCUUGGCACCAUGAAGGGAAACAGUUCAUGUGCAGUCACUCUGAUGGAAGCCUGACCUUGUGGAACUUGAAAAGUCCUAACAGGCCAUUCCAGACCACAAUCCCACAUGGAAAAAUUCAAAGAGAUGGAAAAAAACCUGAAUCUUGUAAACCAAUUCUUAAAGUGGAGUACAAAACCUGUAAAAACAGUGAACCAUUUGUGAUAUUUUCCGGUGGGUUGUCAUAUGAUAAGGCUUGUCGAAGACCAAGUCUAACGAUUAUGCAUGGGAAAGCAAUUACAGUUCUUGAAAUGGAUCAUCCUAUAGUUGAUUUUUUAACUCUUUGUGAAACCCCAUAUCCAAAUGAAUUCCAAGAACCCUAUGCUGUAGUUGUGCUUUUGGAAAAAGAUCUCAUUGUUGUUGAUCUGACACAAAGCAAUUUUCCAAUCUUUGAAAAUCCAUAUCCUAUUGACAUUCAUGAGUCACCUGUCACCUGCACAGAAUAUUUUGCCGACUGUCCUCCAGAUUUGAUCCCUGUACUCUAUUCUGUAGGAGCAAAACAUAAAAAGCAAGGAUACAGCAAUAAGGAGUGGCCUAUCAGUGGUGGAGCAUGGAAUCUUGGAGCUCAGACAUAUCCUGAAAUCAUUAUUACAGGCCAUGCAGAUGGAUCAGUAAAGUUUUGGGAUGCUUCUGCCAUUACACUGCAGAUGUUGUACAAAUUAAAAACAUCAAAAGUCUUUGAGAAGCAGAAGUCAGGGGAAGGAAAAGCAACAGCUGAGAUUGUGGAAGAAGACCCUUUUGCUGUUCAAAUGAUGUACUGGUGUCCUGAAAGCCGAAUUUUCUGUGUGGCAGGAGUUUCUGCAUAUGUGGUUGUUUAUAGAUUCAGCAAACAUGAAGUUAAUACUGAAAUUGCGUCACUAGAGGUACGACUUCAGUAUGAAGUAGAAGAUAUCAUUACUCCUGAACCGGAAAUAAUUCCUCAAUUUCCAGAUGCCUCCUCCCAGCUUCCUUCUUUAAAGAGCCUUUCAGGUAGUACCAACACCGUAGCAUGCGAAGGAAUGAUGAAGGACAGUAUCCCAUGUCUUAGUGUUAAGACUCGACCUGUGCGAAUGCCUCCUGGAUACCAAGCAGAUCUUGUUAUUCAGUUGGUGUGGGUGGAUGGUGAGCCUCCACAACAGAUUACCAGUCUUGCUGUAAACUCUGCUUAUGGACUAGUGGCAUUUGGAAACUGCAAUGGCUUGGCUGUUGUGGACUUCAUGCAAAAGACCGUACUACUGAGCAUGGGAACCCUCGAAUUGUACGGAUCAAGUGAUCCAUACCAGCGCCAGCCCCGUUCACCUCGCAAAAGCAAACAGUUUGCUGCAGACAACUUUUGCAUGCGUGGCCUGUCUAACUUUUAUCCAGAUUUAACGAAACGGAUCCGUACUUCCUAUCAGAGCCUGACUGAACUCAGUGACAGUCCAGUUUCCCUGGAGCUAGAGCGUUGCAAGUCUCCCACUUCAGUUAAAGGAUCAAGAAAGUUAAGUCUGCCAACAGAUCUUAAGACUGAUCUUGAUCACGUGAAUGGUCACUGUACAAGUCCAACAUCCCAGAGCUGCAGUUCAGGAAAACGACUUUCCAGCGCGGACGUCUCAAAAGCAAAUCGCCGAGGGCCUGGGAGACCCCCCUUUAGAAAAGCACAGUCUGCAGCCUGCAUGGAGAUUUCCCUCCCAGUCACCACAGAAGGUUACAUUUCCAGACGGGCAGUGCUUCAGCAAUUACACGGAGUCAGUUCAUUCUCACAUGACGAGCGUCACUUUACUGCUCACACAUGGAUGAACAAAGAGAACCGGGAAAACUCCUUCAGCCGUUCCCGAAGCUCCAGUGUGUCGAGUAUCGACAGGGACUCCAAGGAGGCAAUCACAGCCUUGUACUUCAUGGAGUCCUUUGCCCGAAAGAACGACUCCGCUGUCUCCCCAUGUCUCUGGGUUGGAACAGGCCUUGGUAUGGUCUUAAUCCUCUCUCUUAACCUGCCUGCCAGUGACGACUUACGGCAGUCAGAGCCGGUCAUGGUGUCACCAAGUGGCACAGUUCUGACACUGAAAGGAGCCGUGCUGACCUUCGCAUGCUUGGACUGCACAGGGACAUUGAUACAUCCGCCGUAUGAAGUAUGGAGGGACCCACACAGUGCUGAUGAUGGUGAAAAAACAAGGAAAAGAAAACUUGUCAUGCAUUCCCCUUCUUCCUCCCAGGAUAUGGGUGAACAUCAAUUUGCAGUCAUUUGUUCAGAAAAACAAGCCAAAGUCUUCUCAUUGCCUUCCCAAACUUGUCUUUAUGUCCACAACAUCACCGAAACGUCCUUUUUAUUGCAAGCAGAUGUGGUCACCCUCUGUAACAGCGUCUGUCUGGCGUGCUUUUGUGCCAAUGGGCACAUCAUGACACUGAGCUUGCCCAGCCUUCGCCCACUGCUGGACAUCAACUAUCUGCCUGUGACGGAUAUGAGGAUAGCACGGACCUUUUGUUUCAGUAACGAAGGGCAGGCUUUGUACCUCAGCUCUCCCACUGAGAUCCAGCGCCUCACCUACAGCCAGGAGAUGUGCGAUAACCUUCAGGACAUGCUUGGGGACUUGUUUACUCCUGUGGAAACCCCAGAAGCCCAAAACAGAGGCUUUCUUAAAGGGCUUUUUGGAGGAAGUGGACAAGCUUUCGACAGAGAGGAGCUUUUUGGUGAGGCCACAGCAGGAAAAGCAUCUCGCAGUCUUGCCCAGCACAUCCCUGGAUCAGGUGGAAUUGAAGGCGUGAGAGGAGCUGCAGGAGGAGUCAUUGGGGACUUGACUCGUGCUCGCAUUGCCCUCGAUGAGAGGGGACAGAAGCUGGGUGAGCUGGAUGAAAAGACCGCGAGCAUGAUGGCCAGUGCAGAGGCAUUUUCCAAACAUGCACAUGAGGUGAUGCUGAAAUACAAGGACAAAAAAUGGUACCAGUUUUAAACUCUUAAGGAAUCUGCUUGUGGCUUUGUUCAGAACACUGCUGAGGGAAUCAACGUUCGUUCCCAAACCUGUCAAUCAUCGGCCAGAAACAAUUUUUGCUCCUAGAAGAUGUUUUCCUCUUACUAUAUUGGAUUCAUCGCAGUGGGUGUCAAAGAAAUACGAGUUGGAAAUUAGAGUCAUGUGGGCCUUACGGUGGCACCUGGCUUGUGCUGUAGCCAGUCUUUCUCAAAUGGAACUCAACCAUCACUGUGGCAUGUGGCUUUUCAGAAGCUGUAGGUAUGGAACUGUGGGGAGUGCGUCUGGUUACAAAUAUUCUGUACAAACUCAAAUGUUAAUGCACUUAGGAAACAUUGCAUGGUUAAUUGACAUCUUAAAAAUGAAAAAAAAGAAAAAAAAGAAAAAAAAAUAGCAUGUUGUGACCGAAAAAAAUGGGAUUCAUUUAUAUUGAGUAAAAAAACCAAUACUUAAAUGGCAAAAAUCUUUAUUUUUUAAAAAUGAGACUACAAAAAGCCAGUACAUUUCAAGCAUGUUUGCUACUGUUCUCAACAUACAAAUGAGUUGAGCUGCGUUUUCUUAUCUGCUACUCAUUUCCCUUGAGAAACCUUGCUUGAAAUCAGUGCUGUUUAACUCCUCCUGGAAGAAUAAAUGAUUUCAAAAGCCUGUGUCCAAAAUUCUUCAAGGGGCCAAACAGGCACUAUCUGAAAUGUCAUUAAAACAUGAGAGCAGAUGAUUUAUUUUGCAAUUCGGAGUACAUGACAUGUUGCCCUUAUCUGUACUUAAAAAAUGUGCCCUAGAUUUAUCUCGGUUGUUCCUGAAGGCGUCUGUGGCAUUUUUCAUCCCUGUGGUUUCACUGUCACUUGGUUGCCUUACUUCUCUGUUGCGGGAAUAGAAAACAAAUAGAAAAUAAUCACUUCUUGAAGUUAGAGGGGGCAAAAUGGGAAAGCAAAAUGGGGGAGUCCCAUCCAUUUCCACUCACGAAAGCUGCUCAGCAGCUUGCCAAACUGGGUUUUUUUUAAGUGGUUGGUGGAAGUUAUGCUAAGGAGACUGCACAGUAACCCCAUAAAGCUGGUGGAGAGAGCACAGCAGCGAGAUCUCAAGAUGGGCCAGGGGAAGGGCGUGACAAACAGUUGUUACAGUUUGGCACUGACUUGGCACAUAGAGAAAAUGACACCACUGGUGUGUGGUGAUUCAUUCUCUGCUCACACCACAAGAAGUAAUUUGCUUCUGCUUCUGAGUGGCUUGUUUGGUUUCUGUAGUGGACUCCACAUAACAAUCUCCAGCCUGUAGAGAUGGAAGAGAGCAGUAAGUAGAACCCAUUACUUAUUUAUACAGAUGGAUUCUGUGUUUAUAGGUACAGUACAGUUCCACACAGGUCAACUGUUUAAGUUAAGAAAUUGUUCCAAGAUUGUUUUGGAACCAAAGCUUAGAAGACUUGUUUUCACAUACCCAAAUUAGAAAGAGAGGAAAAGGUAGAAAAGCAGCAGGUGGAAAAUUUUUAAUUUUCUAUAUGGGAGAAAUGGGGGAUAUUCCUUCAGGGAGUCCUGACUGACACUGAUGCAAACAGACAGCAUUGCCGUCAUAACUAGAGCUUAACUUCAGUGGAUUUUUACCAUACCUGUGUUCAGAUUUUCUCUCUUAAGGAUGCCGUUCCUCUAUCUUUUGCUUUCUUAAAAUAAAACAGAAAGUGGUACAGGCUGGGAAUCUGGCUUUACUGUCAGCCCAGCUAUGCAAGUUAAAGGGAUGGAAUAGAUCUGAGAUGUUAAGUAAGUUUUAAGUUCAUACCAAAGUAUGAAAGUUGUAUGCUUUACAACACUUUAUGUUUCUCUGAGGGCAAAAUCAAAAGAAGAACCCAGCCUGGUGUGGCUCCUCUUGGAAGGAGACCAGAUGGGUUCUUCUCUGUCAUAGGAAGAACUGGACUGUAAUUGUGAGAACAGUAGAAGCUUUGUUGGAAAAGGGUCAGUGCCUGCAGUUCUGCUGAGAGCUAUGGAACUGAAACUGUGUGUAACCCACAGGACAUCCAUGCAUUACAUGUUUGAGGAAAGAGCAAAGUCCCUGCUCUGAUGCCAGUAUGAACUGGGCUGGGGAGAUCCUUCCAGUGACUCCAUCACAGAGCUGGAUGCUUCCGUAUGAGAAGUAUCACUGUAACCAGGUAUCUGGAGUGAGGAUCAAUGACUAUACUACCACAGUCAUUCUCUCUUCUGUUUCAGUGCACAUUCACUCUUCUUGUGCACUAGCCUAUGCCCAAAAGCCACUACUUAGUCUGUGGUCAACAAAAGCGUGUUGUGCAGAUCACGCAGACCUCUCCAACCAACCUUAUGAGCUGAAUUCUUUUUCCCUUCUCUGCUCUUAAGGAGAAGUUGAGGAGUCUGUAUCAGUAUCAGGAUACCAACCGGUGAUGGUUCUGUACCCAUCCCUACACUUACUUAUGCCCUAGGGUGGUGCAAAUGAAAAGGCCUUUGCCAGUUCAAGUGUGGCACGAGUACAUGCAUGUUUUCCACUAUACUUAGUGGAAUUUAUUAAAUAUUUAUAUACUAAUUAAUAGUUUCCGCUAUUAAUUGUUGUAAUUGGCCUUCAAAAAAUGAGCCCGUUGAAUGCUGGCACAUCGUGGCACACUGACAUGACAGUAAGCAGUGCUACAUGAGCUUUCUGUACACUACGCCUCGUGUGGGUGCUCACAGUGCAAAGCUCCCUUUGGCUUUGAUGCCAGCAGUCCCUCCAGGCUGGAGCAGGACCCUGCUCGCUUGUUGGAGGACCUAGUGUAAAAACUGAACCAUGACUUUCUUUAACUGCUAAUCGCCACAGCAUGCCCAGAGAAAAAAGUGUCUUCAGCAAGUCGUGUGUGCAAUGUCAGACCUACUGGGGCAGCCACCAUUCUCUUAAAAGCAGGGGAGAAACCUGCCGUAGAAAUCCAUCUGAUGCAACAGAAGAAUUAGAAUUUAGCAUCCCUCAAACUUAGAGUUUUUAAUAAGAAAUUUCCAAGCAGCUUUUCUUCCAGUACUCCCCAUUGGGUCACAGCUGUAUCUCGCUUUCCACUCUUAUGUAUUUUCAGUAUUUCCAGACAGUUACAGAUCCCUAUUUCUGUUACGUUCGCCACUCGUGACUAUAAUUAUCAAUUUUCUUGUAGGCUGUAGAGAUCUAAAAAGUUGUAUAUGUUUGUAUAUAGAACAUUCUAUAUAUAAAAUAUAUAUAUGUAAUGUAUAUGUUGUAUAAGUUUGGUAGUGCACACUGUUAAACGCUUUCUAUUGAGAUUUAUCAUGUAUGUGAAAAAAAAAACUUCACUUAAAAACAUCAAUGAGGGAGGA